ACAUAAACUGCAGAUCUGUCGGGAUCUCAAGACGGAUCAGUGACCCUCUGGGAGUGGAAACACCACCAGUCGAUCGCGUGUCCCCGUCCGGGCGGCACGUUCUCCAAAGUGACUCGAGUGGCAUUCAAUCAACAGGGAAACAAGUUCGGGGUCACCGACGCCGACGGUAACCUCAGUCUCUGGCAGAUCGCCACCACUCAGAACAAGCCUUUCUUCAGCAUGCAGUGUCACUCGAAAACGGCCAGUGAUUUCACAUUCUUAGGGGCCUCUAGUCUCGUGAUGACUGCGGGCCAGUCAGCGGAUCACAAGAACAUAGCUCUUUGGGACACUUUAUUGCCACAAAAGAAAUGUCUGGUGACGUCAUUCGCAUGCCAUGAACACAGCGGUGCCUCUGCUAUACUAUACGCACCACUCAAUCAAUUACUGAUAACCGGAGGCAAAAAGGGAGACGUCUUCGUGUUUGAUAUGAGACAAAGGGUUCAAAGGGACAGAUUUCAAGCGCACGAGUCGGCCGUCAAAUGCAUGGCUUUAGAUCCGGGGGAGGAGUUCUUUGUCACCGGUUCUGCUGACGGAGACAUUAAAGUGUGGGGUUUGGGUGCUGUGCGGAUCCUAUUCUACUCAUUUCCAGGCGAACAUUCCAGGAGUACUCUAUUCCGGAACAUAGGAAUGGGUGUUUCGCACCUAUACGUCGACCAAAACGGACGACUCUUCUCGUGCGGAGCGGACGGGUCGAUGAAAUUCCGGCAAUUGCCCGAUCGGGGCAUCAAUAAUAUUAUUAAUACCAUUUAAUAAUCACAUUAAACGAGAGGCAACUCUUCGCUACAUUUAUUUAUUCAGAAAUCAAGUGUUUUAUUGAAAUUCAAGAAUUAAACUAAAUAUGAGUUUAUUCUUCACUUUUAUCUCAGAAACGAUUGAAAACUAAAGACUAGUCAUAAUAUGUUAUAUAAAUCUAUGUGUGAUAUAAACCAAUCGAUUUCAUUAAUUAAUCGGAAAUACAGACUAAUUAGUCAUUAAGAAUAGAAUCG